AGCUUCUUCUUGUAUGUUUAUGCUAUUUCUCUAUUACGUUUGUUGUUGUUUGUUUACAUGAUCAGAAGCUAUAACAAAUUGAAUUUCUCAUCGUGUUUAAAUCAGUUCCCAUCAAGAAGUUAUCAGAAAGCAGAUUGAAAAAUCUUUCUAUUGCAGAUCAGACUAUCUUCUCUGUUUUAACGAUAGAUUUGAAAUCGGGGCAGCUCAUUUCUUUAUUAUCACUAUUUCUUUUAUGUGGAAUAGCAAAUUGCUUGUAUUACUGAACUUUUAGUUAGUGUUUCUUUGUUGUUUAUUUUGAUUAUAGUAUUCAUUUUUUUCUUUUUUUUUGGUUUUCUUAAUAGCUAAGGUAAGUUUUUGGUUGGUCUGGUAUGGAAGGACAAAGUGAACAGGAGAACCUUCUGCAGUUGAUGUCAUUGAAUAUAGGUGGGAAUUGCAGUGGUCUGUCUUAUGGACCGGAAGAUUACCCAAAUCAGCAAUCUCUUAUGGAAGCAAGAAGAAUCAGUAGCCAGCCUAAUGCUCUGCCUUUGCAUCCUUGGACAAACUUCCCGAAAGCCCCUCGCAGUUAUGUUGAAUUUCUUGCAGACAACUCCACGUUUCUUGAAAAUGCUACUGGUGCUGAUAUGUUGGAGACCAUUACUUCACCUAUUUGCAGCACACAGUCUGAUUUUUGUGUCUUCCAAACGCAGAGAGAGUUAUUGAUCAACAAUCUAGGGAAGGCUUGUGAUUAUGAACUUGCUGAUUCUUUCCUUUCCAUGGAUGCUUUGAAGGUUAGAUUUCAGAACCCACCUAACGAAGUAGAAUCAGCGCACAGGUUUACAAGCUUUCAGCAGCAGAUCCUUGCUCAGCAUAAUCAUACAUUGUUGACACAAGAACCAUAUGAAGACAAUUGUAACGUGUCCCAACUUCAACCAAGAGUAACAAAAACUUCAUCUUUUCGCCAGUCCAAAGGACGCUCCAGUGGAUCUAGACAAAGAGCUUCUGCAGUUGAUCGAGAGCGACGGGUACGAAUAUCUGAGAGAAUACGAGCACUGCAAGAACAGCUUCCGAACUCUGUAGAGGGAAGUCAAGCUACUGUAAUGGAAGACACUAUUGACUAUAUAAAGUUUCUGCAGUUACAAUUAAAGGAACUAACCCGAAGCAGAUUAGGAGGCCAAUCAGCUUCACCUCCUUUUGUUUUCCUUGAGGGAUUUGGUCACUAUGUUAUCAAUGGACAGAUGACAAAUGAACCUCUGGAAGAGAUGAUGGGGAAGUUGCUGGAGGGGAACCCAUCAGCGGCAAGCCAGUUAUUGGAGAGCAGGGGCCUGUACAUGAUGCCAAUGUCUUUGGUUGAAGAUUUACACCAAUCCUCCUAGAUGCUUGGCAACUAUCUCAUGGUUUUUCUUUUUGUUAACUAUCCUCCUACCUCUAGGCGUUCAACUUAGUUGAAAGUACAUUCAGAAAUAGGGCCAGAAGUUAUGGCUUUUUACCAUUUUGUCAUAGCAAAUUACUGGUUGAAGCUUGCAAUGAAGUGAAAGUAGUACAUUUAA